CUGCGCCGCUACCUGUAUCGGCCUCCGAUUGGGUGCGCGGCGCCUCCCCGGCGUGAUAGGUCAGGACCACCGCCCCCCUGACUCCCCAUUGGCUGCUCGGAGAAGCCCGGUCUCCGGGUAAGAUGGCAGCGGACGGACAGUGCUCGCUCCCCGCUUCAUGGCGGCCAGUGACCCUCACCCACGUCGAAUAUCCUGCAGGUGAUCUCUCUGGCCACCUCCUUGCCUACCUGAGCCUCAGCCCUGUGUUUGUCAUCGUCGGUUUUGUGACCCUCAUCAUAUUCAAGCGGGAGCUGCACACGAUCUCAUUCCUCGGGGGCCUGGCACUGAACGAGGGGGUCAACUGGCUGAUUAAACACGUCAUCCAGGAGCCGCGGCCCUGUGGAGGCCCCCACAUGGCAGUGGGCACCAAGUACGGGAUGCCCUCCAGUCAUUCGCAGUUUAUGUGGUUCUUCUCCGUCUAUUCCUUCCUUUUCCUGUACUUACGAAUGCACCAAACAAACAAUGCCAGGUUCCUGGACUUGCUGUGGAGGCACGUGCUCUCCCUGGGUCUCCUCACCGCGGCCUUUCUAGUCUCCUACAGCAGGGUCUACCUGCUGUACCACACCUGGAGCCAGGUGCUCUAUGGGGGCAUUGCCGGAAGCCUCAUGGCCAUCGCCUGGUUUGUCUUCACCCAGGAGGUCCUCACACCGCUGUUCCCCAGGAUAGCAGCCUGGCCUAUCUCUGAGUUCUUCCUAAUUCGAGACACGAGCCUCAUUCCCAACGUACUCUGGUUUGAGUACACAGUAACCCGAGCAGAAGCCAGGAACAGACAACGCAAGCUGGGGACGAAACUGCAGUGACCAGUGAGUGUGGCUGGGUCUAGCCUACAGAUCUGGCCUGCACGAUGCCUUGCAGGAUGGACGGAAUGACAGAGGGACAAAGCAGAGACCUCUACAGACCCAAGUCACCAAGUGGAGCCUUUUUUUUUCUUAUUUUAAUUUUAAUGAACAAGGUGGACCAAAGGGCCAAGCCAGCCCCUCCACCAGGACCCUGGAGGGCCUGCUGCCAGGGGGCCACACGGCCAGAGAGCCUCGCUGUGCUGCUGCCAGCCCCCGGUCGGGCGGAAAGUGCCCUUGCUGUGGGCGCCAGGGUGUGGGGUACAGGAAGAGGGCUUGCACCUCUGGUCUUGGGGCCAGGAAAUCCAGGCAGCGUGAAAAAUACUAUUUAUUUCUUGGUUUUGUCAAAGGCACACGGGAUUUUGGAGAUGGGGCUGGAAGAGCCUGCUCGGCAGUGGCUGCCCUGCGUACAGAGGGGCCCAGGUCAGCUUCCCAGGCCCUUUGCCCUGAGCCCAGGGGCAGGCUGCCUCUCCCUGGGCCUGAGAGGUGGCCUGGGGGCCCAGGAGGAUGGGAGCACCCCUAUGCCCUCCCUGCCACCAUUGCCAUUCCAGAACCUCGUUCAGUGUUUCCUUGUCUGGGGCCAGGGCCCAGAGAGCACGCAUCUGGAGGCUGCUAUCACUGCGUUCUACCCCAUAUCCACCCUACACCAUAAGGGCUUUUUCUGGUCCCCUGUCCCCAAGACAAUGGUCCUUUUCUGACAAAAGAGCCUGCACAUGUGGGUGAGCACACCCCGGCUGUUUACAGCCCUUCCGUCCUGCCAUCCGGAGCAGUUAGUCUUCAUCUCCAGUCGAACAAGACGUGAAGGAACCGGGAGCCGCUGAGCACAGUGGGGCAGUGGGUGCCUGACGUCCCCACACUUCCCCUCCCUCUGGAUGCUCUGAACAUUCCUCGUCCUUCCUGACCCCCCUCCAAGACGCUGGGAGCCUGCUCGGGGUCACCCUUGAGCCCGGGAGGCAGGCUCAGAUCCCCGCUGUCCAGCUCGGAAGACGCCUCUUCCUUCCUCAAGGGAGCUGGUCUCUCAGUUGCUCUGAAAUGGAGUUGUGGAGAGGAGAUGCUUCGAGACUCUUGCAAGUUUCUCGAACUGAACCAGGCUGCUUGGGUCCUGUGUUUGAAUCCCUCUCCUGCCCCGCCUUUUUCUUUAUGGAGGUUCCUAAUCUGCUGCUGAAGCACAAUAUUUUGGUGCUUUCUUUUCUCAUUUGUUGAAGACAGUGUCCAAAAGCCAUUCCAGAUGCCAGGACCAGGGGCCUAUUUCUGGGGAAGCUUGGUCAGUCCCCACAUUUUCCUCCCCUUCCCUUCUUAUUUUUACUUUUUACUUUUUGCCUGAGACAAGCCAGGUGUGAGGUGAUUUAAGAAAAAUCAAUGAAAUUGUUUACUCUUGUUUUAAAAUAAAAUCUUGAACUCUG